AUGAAAUCAGUGUUUAAACAGUCAUUGCGUUUCGCUUCUGACAAGGCGCUGAAAUAUGUACCUUCUUCAGGCGUGUUCCCCAAAGGGUUCGUAGCUGGUGGGAUCCAUUGUGGUGUGAAAAAAGAUGGGAAAUCCUUUGACUUGGCUAUGUUGGCAAAUGUUUAUGGUAAAGAUGCUACGGCAGCAGGUGUGUUCACCAAGAACAAAUUCAAGGCAGCCCCAGUGCAAGUUUCUACCAAGACUCUUUUGGAAAAGAAUGGACAAGGAAUAAAUUCCAUCAUUGUAAACAGUGGUAAUGCAAAUGCUGUCACCGGUACCCAAGGGAUGCAAGAUGCCACUGAUAUGGCUAAAAUUACAGAUGCUGUAUUAGAAAAUCCUGCCAACUCCACUUUAGUAAUGUCUACCGGUGUUAUAGGAAACAAUUUACCAAUCGAUAACAUUUUAUCAGGUAUCCCAAAGCUUGCUUUGAACAACUUGGGUAGUUCUUAUGAACACUGGUUGGCAUGCGCAAAGGGUCUUUGCACAACCGACACAUUCCCCAAAAUGGUUACCAAGCAGUUUGACUUGAAUGGUCACACUUAUACCCUAGCAGGUCUCGCAAAAGGUGCUGGAAUGAUUUGUCCUAACAUGGCCACUUUAUUGGCCUUUUUAGCCACAGAUGCUCCUAUUGGUGCAUCUGCUUUAAAGCAAAUGUUAUCUUAUGCAACUGACAGAUCAUUCAACAGUAUUUCUGUUGAUGGAGAUAUGUCCACUAACGAUACCUUAUUGGCCGUUGCCAAUGGCGCUGCUGGUGGCCCUUUAAUCGAAGAUGUCAACUCAGAAGCUUUCACAGAAAUGCAGUCAAACUUCACUGAAUUUGCGCAACAAUUAGCACAAUUAAUUGUCCGUGAUGGUGAAGGUGCAACUAAGUUUAUUACUAUUAAGGUUCAUGAUGCAAAGUCUUAUGAAGAUGCCAAAACCAUUGCCUCCACCAUCGCUAAUUCUUCUUUAUUCAAAACUGCUAUGUAUGGUAAGGAUGCAAAUUGGGGUAGAAUAUUGUGUGCUAUUGGAUACUCAGAUGUUGAAUCUGGAGACUCAGUUAUCCCCGCCAAAACCAAUGUUAGCUUUAUCCCUACCGAUGGUACCGAGGAAUUGAAGUUAUUAGUUAACGGUGAACCUGAAAAGGUUGAUGAAGAUAGAGCCAGUGAAAUCUUAGCUUUGGAAGACUUGGAAAUCCAAAUUGAUUUGGGUACUGGUGGAGGUCAAGAAGCCACUUUCUGGACUUGUGACUUGUCCCACGAAUAUAUCACCAUUAACGGUGACUAUAGAUCAUGA